AUGGCGGAAGGAGAACCCUCAUACAUUGACUACGAGGCCUUCUUGGACCCCGAGUUCUCUCCCGCCUCCUUUGCCAAUUCAUUGGUUGUGGCCACAAACAAUGCGACAGAUACACCGCUGGAUCUAUCGACGCCGCUGUCACGGGUGCUGUUCGACCUCCAGGAAAUCGACACCCACAUUCAUACGCUAACCACCAAGUCGGCCCUGCCGCUGUUGACGCAUACGCGGGAUCAAACCGCCGCCGCAGGACAUGUCCUGAAGGAAGCAGAGGACCAGAUAUCCUCGGUAACGCAAGGGUACGAGCGGCUGGAAAAGGAGGUGCUUCGCAAGUGGGAAGCGGCCGACGAGGCCAGGGUAGCUGCAGAGAAAUCGCUGGCCACUGUGCGACUUGCCAGAGCGGUCGGACGCUGCCUGGCUCUCGGCAGACAGUUGGAGGGCCAACUGAGCGAGAUCAACGGUCGUGGUGGUGGUCCCGGAGCCAUGACAGGUAGUGACAGCACGGUACCCUCCACAACGCCUGUCAGGGAUGACUAUCGAACGCUGGAACGCGCAGCAUCCACGAUUGUGAGUCUACGUCGCAUGUUCUCGGCCACGGGAGUGGGCGAGGAAGGUUAUGGAUUAGACCGAGUCAAGGUCAUUCGUACGUUGAAAACGGAGCUCGCCAUCCCCGCCGAAAACAUAGUCAAGUCCAGAGCGCAGCAGGGCAUCCAUCGAUUCUCUAUGUCCGCCAGCUCCGCCGCCGGGGGUGGGGGGCAGUCGGGCUACAAGCAAGCGCGCGAUUCGAGGGCGCGACUGAUCUCGGGAGUCACCAUUUUGUAUUUGUUGUCGCCGGUACCUCAGAGCCUGGGGUCGGCGGCAGAAUUUCAACCGGAACUGCUUCUCUCUACGUUGCAGGGGUAUAUGCAGACAGCCAUUGUGACAUCUUUGAACAACCUUUCCCGAGCGCUGUCCAUGUUGCCCACGCUGGAGCGAACGCUUUCCGAGGUGUCCGGGCGAUGUCAGGACAUCUUUGCGCUCGAGGCUAUUCUCAGCAAUCUCCGACCGCCGUCCCAUCCACUACUACCCUCGUCGACGGCUCCCGACCGCAACGAAGGCGACACCUCUGCGUCCGUCCAACACGGUGGCAAGAACAAUCUGCUACAACCGCUUCUCAAUUCCCUCGAUACCGCAUCCCUUCCGUCGUACUUCUGGCGAUCCCUGGCUUCGUCGCUCACCGUGCGCACCCAGGAUAUCGUUAGCCGAGGGGGUGUCUCCGCUCGGACACUGAGAUCUAACCGGGAUCGACUGAAGAAGGAGAUCAAGGAAUGCGUGUUGCGAGGAUCCCAACUUCCGACGGCGACUCUCGGAACCGAAAGAGGACGCGCAGAAUCAGGAGGAGGAGCAGGAAGUGGUAGUAGUGGGAACUGGGAGCGAGAGGCGGCAGUGAUGGUCAGCGCCGUGGCGGGUGUGCUAUAG